AAUUGACCGGGUACAUGUCAUAUGUGAACUGGAAACCAAUUUGAGCACUCCUCUCUGCUGAUAUAGAUUUUUCGGUGCCUUUGCUGAUCCUUCCUCCGGCCUGCCGGCCGAGUCCAUCAGAUGUGCACUGCUUUCCUACGCUCGUCACUCGUGACUGUUGACCUUGCCAUCAUUCUCCCACCCAUGUCGGGCCCUCUCCAGUGUAAUGAGCGAAUUUCGCUGCUCGUUUCCCGUGGCAUAUAUCGAGAACGGCGGCGAUGAGCGCCAGAACUGUGGAAGCAGAUCUCCAAGAGUCCGGCGACCUGCUGAUAUCCAGGCGCGUCACUCGCGCGUCUUUAUAUCCUGGUGCAGUUCCUGAUCUCGUUUGUAGAGACAUUCUCGUCAGGCUGUCAGGGAUUCUGGAGGAUCAGGUUGCCAUUCUGCGGCGCAUCGACGAGCGCCAAAAUGCUUCAGACGCGUCGAGGCAGCACCCCAUUACGGAGGUCCUCGCCACGAUCGGCAGUGCCUGGAAUGCGCUCCUCCGAUCGACGCUCACGGAGACGAUCCAGCCCAAGGUGGAACGGUGGAGGAGCGGGCUGGAUGCGCUGUUAGUCUUUAUGGGUCUGUUUUCAGGCAUCGUCACAUCGUUCUUCGUGCCAUCUCUGUCGUCGCUGCAGGAGGACCCGGCCGUGCGUAUGAAUGCGCUCCUGGCCAACCUGACCGACGUCGUCGUCGCUCUGAACGGCGUCCCGCCCGCCUCUCUGACGCUGGCUCAUCCGCACCCGUUCAAACUCGACCCAACAGCUGUGCGGCUCAAUUCGUAUUGGUCGUUCUCGCUGAUUCUCAGCGUGCGUGAUUCCGUCUUUUCGUGCGCGAGUGUCGAUCCGACCGUCCGAUCAGCUCUCUAUCGCAGCGCUCGCGGUCGCCUGCCGCGGCCUGCUCAACACGACGUCGUACACCCACUUCAGCAACCCCGCCGAGAAGUUGAUCGACAUUCGCACGCGCUGGGCGUCCUCGGAGCGGUUUCUCGCGCCGACGAUCGAGCUGCUGCCGCAGAUCCUCGUCCUCCCGGUGCUGCUCUUCAUCGCCGGGCCGCUCGACACGCUCUUCUCCAACGUGCUGCAGCUCUCUCCCGUUGCCAUCCCCAUCCUCUUCACAUCGGGCGCCGCGCUGCUGUUCACCGCCUGCGUCGCCUUGCUCCUGCUGUAGACCCUCGCUCGGCGCAGCCUCAAUCCAGCCGGGCCCCUCGGCCUGCGGCGUUGUGCCACGGCGGCAGAGUUGCUCUCGGACCGAGCGCCAGCGGUGUACCACGCCGCCGUGCAGGCGACGCACGACGAUGCGGCGCUUGCAACGCAUCCGCCGCGCUGUACCAGAUCAUGCAGACCAGCGCGCCGUCGUGGUCGCGCUACGGGCGGGGGCUGGCCGGCGAGGAGCGGCACACCCUGCUGCAUCUGUUGUCGCCCGAGGCGAGUGUGCGGAGUAGCCGAGCCGCGGUGCAGAUCAUCAUCUCCCGGGUCCACGACGCGAGCCGGCUGCAGUACUCUGCUGCAGCCAUGUGUGCGCUUGUUCCCGCCUUCAUCGACGCGGCCCGGCGGGAGCCGCGGGCCGACUUGUGGUCUCCGCCGUUCACUCGUGCCAUGGCGAUCGUCGCGAAUGCAGGAAGCGUCGUAGACGCCUAUCCCCCGGUUCUGUGCAUCAUGACGUCCGAGUACAUCGACGUCAGCCAGCUGCCGACCAAUAGCAAUCCGUCAUAGAACUUCGCCGCGCGCAGCAAGACCAUUACGCUACUGGUGGAGGUGCUGUUCGAGAAAGUCGUCGAGAACGGUGACGCGGCUCUGGCUUUCCACGUAGCCGGUCUCUCGGUCGGCAAGGCAAAUACCGGGCCCAUCAAUCCCACUCGCAUCUGUACUUUCUGCACAAGAAUAUUCCGGCACUCGAGACGCUCCUGCGGUGGCUCCUCUCGUGCACGGGCCCCACAGCGGCCAUCCGUGCCGUGCAGACGCUUGUAGGAGUGCGGAUGUGUGGAUGGUCGUGCUGUUCCACGUCGUCUGCACGCUCGGCAGGGUGUGUCUCAGUCUCCCGCCCGGUGACCAGGAGACACACGCGCACGUGGCGCAGCUGUGCGCCUCGGCGCUGCGCAAAGAUAGCGCUCCAGCACCAGUUCCAUCCGCAGAUCCCGGCCCCCGUUCGGCCUCGUGGCACAAGCGGUGGAUGCCCUCGGCGUCCUCAGCACGGGAGUUGAAAGCGAGCUUCCUUUUGGGGCUUCUCUCCGAACGCUGUGGUCGGGAUCGGUUCCCGCGCGUCAUCCUCGUGGGCGGUGGACUCAAAAUGACUCUAACUGACAUGUUCACACUCAUACUGGCUCAUAGUUACUCAUACUCAUACCGCCUCAGUCUCAAUCAUAUACUUAUGCAUGUGUGUGUGCUUCGAAUGGACUGGAUGCAG